UUUUCUUUCUACUUCCUGGAAUCUCGGAAGCAGCAGUUUGGCAGGUUGGGUUUACGGUUGAGGUCCUUCAAAAGAGAUGGUGCUUAAGGAGAUCCCCACUGAGAAUUUUACACGACCUCUUGGUCGCAAUGAAGUUAUUGGCUUACUUUUUAGGUUGACGAUAUUUGGCGCUGUAACCUAUUUUACCAUCAAAUGGAUGGUAGAUGCUAUUGAUCCCACAAGGAAGCAAAAAAUGGAAGCACAGAAGCAGGCAGAAAAGCUUAUGAAACAAAUUGGUGUGAAGAAUGUUAAGCUCUCAGAAUAUGAGAUGAGCAUUGCAGCCCAUUUGGUAGACCCUCUGAAUAUGCAGAUCACUUGGAGUGACAUUGCUGGUCUGGAUGAUGUCAUUACUGAACUGAAAGAUACAGUUAUACUUCCCAUCCGGAAGAGGCAUUUGUUUGAAGGCUCAAGACUGCUGCAGCCCCCAAAAGGUGUGCUCCUGUAUGGUCCCCCAGGCUGUGGUAAAACCCUGAUUGCCAAAGCUACAGCCAAAGAAGCAGGCUUUCGCUUCAUUAACCUGCAGCCCUCCACCCUGACUGACAAGUGGUACGGUGAAUCUCAGAAACUUGCUGCUGCUGUUUUCUCACUAGCGAUAAAACUGCAGCCUUCCAUCAUCUUCAUCGAUGAAAUUGAUUCUUUCUUGAGGAGCCGCUCUAGCUCUGACCAUGAAGCAACUGCUAUGAUGAAAGCACAGUUCAUGAGUCUGUGGGAUGGCCUGGAUACAGAUUACAACUGCCAGGUUAUAGUUAUGGGAGCUACAAACCGUCCUCAGGAUUUGGAUUCUGCCAUUCUAAGGAGGAUGCCAACGAGGUUCCAUAUCAAUCAGCCUAACCACAGGCAACGUGAGGAAAUUCUCAAACUCAUUUUAGAAAAUGAAAGUGUGGACACCCUUGUGGACCUGCGUGAAGUUGCUAAGGAUACAGAUGGAUUCUCGGGAAGUGACCUAAGAGAGAUGUGCAGGGACUCUGCUCUGCUUUGUGUCAGAGACUACGUCCGUAACAACACCCAUGAAAGCAGUGUUGAAGAAGAUUUCGUCAGACCAAUCGCGCAAGGUGAUCUUCGAAAGGCAAUAGAAAAGAUGAAGAAAUCGAAAACUGCAGGCGUUCAGGGUGUUCUGAUGCAUUCUGCCUUGGACUGAGCAGCACACUCACCAAAAUGUUAUUCCCUGAUCAGCAGCCAUUGUACAGUUUAUUUAAAUGAAAUGUUUUUUAAAGAUGCUAAUGAAAAUAGCUGAGUACAAGCUAAUUCAAUUUCUGCACUGAGGGUAGGGUAUAUUCUUCCUGAAGAUUCGCUGUAUAUGUUUCUGAGUAGUAAGUUUUGACAAAAGAAAGAGUUCCUACAAUACACUUAUAGGUAGAUAUUUAGGCCAACAUAGCACCAAAUUGUAACGUGCUCCAAGUCAAAUAUCUUAAAACAACUUUUGCAGAAUUCACUGGAACUGUGAAUGCUUCAGUUACUCAUGUAACUGAAACAAUGAAGGAAGUGCCCUCAGAUCGAGUUUUAAAUACAAUAAUGUUUUGAUACCGUGCACUGUAUAUUUCGUUAAAUUAAGUUUGCGUAAAUUGGUACAAAAUGUGUUUUUUUGUUUCAAAAUUCUUUAGUGUGAUAAAAAAUAAAUAUUAGCUAAAACUAUAGAAACUCAAGUCCAAGUUGGUAAUUUGGGCUAAUGCCUUGUAAUAAGACGGAGGGCAGAAGACAAACGCUUCUCAGAAUGUAUGCUCGAGCAUUUAAAGUUAUGGAUGAAAAAUAAAUUAGCAGUGUUCUAGCCAUUUAUAGAUAUGUUCAAAUAAGUGAGAAAUAUUACAUAGGUCAAUACAAUUACUUUAGUCUCUAUUUGCAACAAGCCUGGUGGAUUCUAGGAGAGUUGAUUCCAACACACUCAUCUAAGCCUUAUAACCUGGCCAGUUCCUGUACAGAACAUUCAUGUUUUUUUUUCUUAGAUUUGCCUUGGUGUGAUACCAAAAACUUGUACUUGGUGAGUUUCACUAUGAGUAACUCCCCACAAUACUGUCGGCCAGACAAGGAUGUUAAGCUCAGUUGAGACUAGUUUUUUAAUUGUCACUGUUGGUGAUCACAUAAGUUGGCCAAGUUCAUG